AUGUGCGAAAGCAAGGUCUGGCUCAUUACAGGAUGCUCUUCUGGCUUUGGCCGAGAGAUUGCCCUCGCCGCUCUCGCACGCGGUGACACCGUCGUGGCCACCGCGCGAGACCCUGCCACACUGGCCGAUCUCGAGGCAACGGGUGCCAUUGGGCAGCGUCUUGACGUGACAGAGGGAGACGCCAAUCUUGCUGCCGUCGUGGACGACAUAGUAGCCAAGACGGGUGGCAGGAUCGACAUCCUAGUCAACAACGCUGGAUACAUCCUCACCGGGGCCGUGGAAGAAUGCAGCCGCGACGAAAUCCAGGCCAUCUUCAACACCAACGUCUUUGGCCAGCUCAGCGUCGCUCGCGCCGUCCUGCCCAUCAUGCGGCGACAGAGAAGCGGCACUAUUGCCAACCUUGGCAGCAUUAUCGGCUGGCUCGGCAUGCCGGGCGGUGGCAUGUACUGCGCUACCAAGGCCUGCGCCGCCAUGCUCUCCGAGGCCCUGCGUGGCGAGGUCGCCCACCUCGGCAUCAAGGUGACGUGCAUCGAGCCAGGCUACUUCCGCACCCCCUGCCUGGCCCCGGGCCGCCGAAUCCGCGCCCGGACCGUCAUUGAAGAGCUGGAGGAGGGGGCGACGGGCGCCACCAUACGCUAUCUGGACGCUGUUGACGGCAGACAGCAGGGAGAUCCGGCCAAGGGAGCGGCGGUGAUUGUCGAGGCGCUCACGGGCACGGGCAGGGCGGUGGGCCGAGAGCUGCCCCCUAGGUUUGUGAUUGGAAAGGACGCGUACGAGAUUGUGUCGGAGAAUAUCAACUCGAACCGAGCAAACUUGGAGUCGUGGAAGGAUUUGACCACCUUGACUGAUCAUGAUUCUUGA